ACCGUCGUAUCUAGUAAAGAACACCAUUUGUAAUAACAAUCAUCCUAGUUACUAAUACAAAGCAUAUGGGGUUAGGGCAUUGUAGAUUUUCCAACCUCGAAAUCGAAUACCAACCAGAACGGCUGGCAAAUGAUCCAGGAUCCAGGCGGAAGCAGAGAUAUUUCGUAUAACUGCGCCUGUUUCGUGUUAUAGUUGCUGGAAUUGUGAUUUUGCUUGCGGUGACAGACAGUUGGUGGUCCUGUUGUUGGAAGCUCGAGAAUAAACAGACCGGUUUACUGAGCUCGAGAUCUUUGACGCAUUCUUUGAUCUCUUUUGCAUUCUGAAUUGCUGAGUAGCGGCGAGAAAACGGAGGAGGUUUAGUAUUAUACAAUGGCGGCGACUACAACAGAGUUCAGCAAUAUGCUGGAUAUAAUCAACAGAGGCUCGGAGACGUUUAUCCGGAAAUACUAUAUGGCACUCGACAGCAACCGCGAUGCCAUCGUCGACCUGUUCGAGCCCACAGCGCCGAUUGUGUUCAACGGCAACCCGAUGGUCGGCGGCUCCUCGCUCACAGAACUAUACAAAAAGAUGCCAGUCACCACUCACGAUGUCACCGGACACAACUGCAUCCCGCUCGCGGGCGGUGUGAACGGCUUGCCGUCCGUGGUGCUGACGGUGGAAGGGAAAGUACGGCUGGGGACAGAUCGAUCGAGAGGCUUGCAUGGGUUUUCGGAGACGCUGGUGCUGAGACCGCAGGCUGAUGGUCGGUUCCUGGUGGGCUCGACGGGGUAUAGAUAUGUAUAUAAGUCUGAUGACACAUUCGAUCCUUGAGGGUCUGCGCAAAAAAGUGGAUGGAGGGGUGUACAUUAUCAUUCGAAUAUUAUUCACGAGCAUGUUUGGUUCAUCAGUUUUUAAGAGCAUUAAAGUCUAGCGAUGCUAAUCAUUUAUUAAUUUCGCACAAGA